AUGGGGAAGAAUCGGGGCCCGAGCGCAUUUUUAGCGCUUUUAAUUCCUGAAAGCCGGUUAUCUAUCUAUCUAUCUAUCUAUCUAUCUAUCUAUCUAUCUAUCUAUCUAAAUCAUUUUAAACCUGUUCACUAUCUCUCUCUUACGUUUCGAUAUCUAUCUAUCUAUCUAUCUAUCUAUCUAUCUAAACCUUAUCUAUCUAUCUAUCUAUCUAUCUAUCUAUCUAUCUAUCUAAAUCUGAAUCUGCCUUCCAUCUAUCUAUUUAUCCAUUCUAUCUAUCUAUCUAUCUAUCUAUCUAUCUAUCUAUCUAAACCUGUUCACAUUAUCUCUCACUUUUACUCUCUCUCUCUCUUUAAUCUAUCCAUCUUGUCCUUGGUCGCGUCUAUAACUGAAAUUAGUAAGGGCUAUCUAUCUAUCUAUCUAUCUAUCUAUCUAUCUAUCUAUCUAUCUGAAUCUGUUCAUAUCUAUCUAUCUAUCUAUCUAUCUAUCUAUCUAUCUAUCUAUCUAUCUAUCUAUCUAUCUAAAUCUUUUCACACACUCUCUCUCUCACUCUUAGUCUCUCUUUCUUUCUCUGUAAUCUAUCCACUUUUUCCUUGGCCGCGUGCAUAG